AUGGCUAAAGGAUUUGGAGAAUUGUACAAGCUAAGGGGAAUUAUUACGUACAGAAUAUCCCAUUUUGAACAGAAGGUCUUCAAAGGCAUCAUUUCCCAUGGUUUCUUCAAUAGUCUACGUAGAAUAUUAGAGCAAGCUCCUUAUGUUGUUCCUCCUCUAGCAAUUGCUUACAUAAUCAUAGAUCAAGCGGAAAAAGAGCACCAUAAAUUAAUGUUGAAGAACCCAGCAGAUUUUGAAAAUGAUAAAUGA